CUAUGGUCCAGCCCAGCCUUGGACAUCAUACAUGAAUUUGCAGCAUCUGACUCCAUUAGCUUACCAGACAUGGGGUCUCACCUCAAGACACUCCUGGGAUCUGCAUAUGUUGACCAGGAUUGGCAGCCUGCAAUCAAUGCCAUAUUUGCUGCAGAAAAUGAUACAAACCUUGCCAUCCAAGAAGUCAAGAGACUUGCUACUAUUGCAAUCAACACAUCUCACUUAACAAUCCAUAUCCAACAUCCAGGUGGCUCAAGUGGCAAGCAACCUGCACCUCAGAUUAUCACAGUCAAGAAAGACCUUCUUAAAGCAGUUGAAGAACUUCACAGGUUGAAAGGGAUCAAGGAUGAUGUUCCACCUGUGAAUGAGCUGGUGGAACCAAGGGAAGAACAUGAGGCUCAAAUGGAACCUGACAAACCUAUGCAUGGGGAUGCCAAAAUUGUGGCACAUGUCAAGCAACUGAUCACAGCUGAAAAUGAGGAUGUUAUUGAGAUCAGUGACAGCAAGGAGGAGGGCAAAAGUGACUCAUCUGCAGGCCUCAGUCUUUCUGAGGUGGCCCAGGUGUGCGAGAAGGUUGAAGCAGCAUGCUGGAGGUUUGGUUACUCAGAUAAUGGGCUCACUUUGCUGCACGAGUUGCGUCGUUUCCAUGGCUUCCUUAGGCGCAUGGAGAUGAAAAGCGCAAAGCAGUCAACACUGGAUUCCUGGGCGAAGUGGCAGGAUAGUUGA